GGGGAUGUCGUGGCUCGGUCGAAGACGCAAAUCAUGGCAGACAUUAACAUUGCUGAUGCACAGGGUAGAACGGCUAUGCAUAUCGCGGCGUGGGCGGGGUCCAUGGACACCUUUCAGCGCUUAAGGGACCUCGACGGGGACCUAGGCGUCGAGGACAAGCAGGGGCGGACCGUAUUCCACUAUGCAGCGACGGCCCGGGACCCAGAGGUGUUCGAUUGGCUGGUGGACCACGAGGACGAGUCGGUAAAGCUUCUCAACAGAGCGGAUGACCAUGGCUGGAUGCCGCUGCAUUGGGCGUGUCGA